CUCGGACUUGCCACCAGGCGAACUUGUAUUUCUGCAAUUUCCCACAGCAGGCCCAACAUGAAAAUCAGGAGUCGCGCAGUAUGUCAGAGCUGUCGGAAAAGGAAAUAUGGCUGCGACGGAAAACGUCCUGCUUGUACUCAAUGUCUGAAAGCCAAGAUAACCUGCCCUGGCUAUGAGGAUUUCACUUUUGUUUUGCCAGAUUCCUCCAAUUCACGGAUCGUCCUCUCAAAUGCUUCACCAAACCAUUCUCUGUCACAAACAGCGUUAAUGCUCCAGCCCGGAUCUUCCACUAAAAGUCUCAUGCUCAACUUCUCCACUUUCUGGUGGUCUACAGACGAAGAUGUCGUUGCUUUGGUUAAUGAAUAUUUCACCCCCGACCAAGGUGACUUUUGGCAGGAUCUCUGUCCCGAUAAGUCUUCCUCAACCACCUGUAGCCCUUGGCUAGAGGUGCUGCCUCUGCUGUUGGACCGCAGCCGACGCACCAGUCGAAGUGCUCCUCUUCUGUCUGAAUCGCUCAGAACUUUAGGGUAUUCGAUCGUUUGUAAGGGGUACAAAGGCUCCACACGCUCUCAGUGGGAUAUCUGUCGUGCGCAGUGUUAUUCAAAAGCUGCACAUUUCUUGAACCGUGAGCUGACUGAAGGCACUGGCGUGUGCGACGAAUCUGCCGCUGCUAUUAUGUGCUUAAGUAUGGCAGAGUUGUUGAUCCCCACCUCCAAUGAAGGCUGGAUCGCUCACAUUAGAGGUAUCGGGCGAAUGACGGAACUCUGCGGCCCGAGAUCAUUUACGAAACCGAUAUCCCAGCAACUAUUUAUGGCUUUCCGUCCACUAAUUAUCGUAGAGGCGUGCCUCUCUCGUCAAGAUACCUUUUUGUCAUCAUAUGAGUGGCAAACGAUUCCUUUUUCCCUGCAUGAAGCCCCACCUUUGCAGAUGCUCCUCAGUCACGGCUCAGUUCUUCCAUCUAUACUUCGAAAGCUUCAAUCUCUACACCUCUUUUCAGACGAAGUGAAAGACUCUUUGGCCCAGAAUAUCCUAGCGGAUUUGUUAAAAACUUUACAAGAGCUUGAUGCGUGGGAGCAUUCUAUGCAAUCUGCAGUUCAAGGUCCCCUUUUCUGGCCGAGAACAGCAUGUCCAGCUCCGCAGACUGUCAAUGAUUCUUUGCAACUAUCACUAUGGUUUUCCAGCCUACCAGUGGCAACGUCACUGAGUUAUCUAUGGGCCUUCCGUGCGGUAUGUUUCAGGCAGAUAGGACAACUGCUAUCUUCAGAUCUAGUACCAGCUUCUUGCAGAGAUACAGCGUUGGCCUGCCUGAAUCUACCUGCAAUCGAGGAUUGUCAGAAGAAGGCUCUUGCCUUCCACUCAAUGAUCUGCCAAAGUAUACCGUUUUUCAUGCAGGAUGAAAUGAAAUUCUACGGUGUUUCGUCGGUUACGCUUCCGCUAAUGCUGACGCAAACCGUCCUAUGAUUGCUCAUGGUAUAAUAUGCCGCAUUUGAUACGGGUGACUCGGCCUUGUUUGGUGCGGUGUAUUGUAUCUGAUAUGAAACAACAGCCACCCAGCAGCGUAUCUAAAGUGUCCGCUGCACUGUGAUCUUGUGCACAUACUAUAUAAUCAGACGCCUGAUCAGGAUCUUAGAGAAUAGCAGAGUGUUUUGAAGGACAAAUUGGCUGCUGCUUGAAUAAUACAACAUUGAAGAAAG